ACUCAUUCAAUCGCCAACCAGCGUAGAAAACAGUCGCGGAGUAAAUUCGCGUAUUACAGUUAAAAGUUGUGAUAAACCCAACAGAAUACAGAAGACAACAACAAAAAAGUGACAAGAAAAGAAAAACUCAAACGCCGACAACACAGAAAGAAAGAAGAAGACACAACAUUGAGAGUGAAAAUAUUUUUUCACACGGAUGUUCAAUUGAAUAAUCAUGAAAUUUGCUUUAAAUAAAAAUUCAAAUAAAAAUUCAUUGAAAUUUAUCAACCAAAGUGCGGAAUGCAAUAUAAAAAACAUUACUUUUAAUAAUAAAAACACACCCGUUGUUGAAACUGCCGUCAAUAUUAAUAAUAAUUUAAUAGAAAUUAUCCAAGACGAACAACAUUUUAUAAACUUGAGAAAAAUCAAUCUUAUACCUCCGUCUUGAUUGCAACCUUAAAAGUUUGUUUGUUUCGCCUCUCAAAUCUCAAUCUUCAAAUAUAGUGCAAAUUGUAUUUUUUAACUUAUAUUUAAUUUUGAUUUAAAUUUUUUAUUUUCGUAUAAAUUAAAAAAAAAAUACAUAGUCAAACGGAAAAAUACCACAGAAAUUAUCGUAAAAAAGUUAUACACCUAAAAAGGCAACAAAAAAACUCAAAAAAUCGAGUGCAAACGAUUUUGUUCCUCCAUUUUCACUCUACUCACUGAUAAAAAGUAACAGAGAGAGAGAGUAAAAAAGACCGAAGUAAUUAGUGUCAUUUCGGUUGUCGAGUUCAAGUUUCGAGUCGAGAAUUCGAAGUGUGAGUGAAUUGGUGACCUACCUCGUGUUCGGGCAAAAUUUGCAUUAAAUUUGUUUUGUUUAAAUUUUCCUUCGAAAGGAGUUAAAUCGUACGCGAUUGCUGAGAAAGGAGUCAAAAUAAGUAACAAAAAGAGGACAAACAUGCCGAAAAAGAACCGCAAGGGUGGUAAAGGACGUGGAGGCGAUUCCAACUCCGAAGAUGAGUCAGUCAAUGACAAUGCAAGUUUGUAUUCUUAUGUCUCAGAGAAUGCAGCAUCCGUUGAAGAUUCGGAUGAUCUCUCAUCGAAUGAACGAUAUGAAGAGAAAUUCAUGCAAGCCUUAGAAAAUGCAACUGAGAAAUCAGCUCAAACUCGUGCUCAAGCAUUGCAGAGCAUUUGUGAAAUUUUAAUGCAUCGUUUUAUGCCCGAUUUUGUUGAAGAUCGCAAAGUCACUCUUAUCGAUUGCAUUGAGAAAUCAAUUCGUCGUGGAAAAGGUGCUGAGCAAGUAUGGGGAGCCAAGCUGGCACCAUUAUUAGUUUUGCAAUUAGGUGGAGAAGAAGUUGUAUCGAAAGCUUUGAAUCAAUUCUUGCUCACAACUAUGCAAGACAAAUCGGUUAGUUUCGAUGCUAGGGCGAAAUGUUGCACCGCACUGGGUCUAUUGAAUUUCCUUGGUGGUGAUGAUAUUGGUGAUCUCUUGCCAAUGAUGCAAUUCUUUGAAGCUAUCUUUAGUGGAAGCUAUUUGCGAGGUGAUGAUAAGACACCUAUUUCAGUAAAUGCAGAGGCAGGUACUUUGCAUGCUGAAGCUUUGUCUGCAUGGGGACUGCUUCUCACUUUGAUUCCGAGUGGAGAUUUUGUCAAUAUAAUGACCACUGGGCAGCAGAUGCUACCGUCCAUCAAGAAACUCAUGGGACUAUUGCAGUCACCUCAUUUGGAUGUUCGCAUGGCAGCCGGCGAGACCAUUGCAUUAAUUUUCGAAAGUGGUCGCUCUCACGAUGAUGAUUUCUUGGAAGAACACAUUGUCGAUCUCACAGAAGCCGUCAAGCAAUUGGCUACUGAUUCGCACAAAUAUAGGGCAAAGCGAGAUCGCAAGGCACAACGUGCAACAUUCCGUGAUGUCUUAAGAUAUUUAGAGGAGGACAUAUCACCAGAAAUUACCAUUCGUUUUGGUACGGAAUCCCUUGUACUUGAUACUUGGGCCGUUCAUCAUCAAUAUACAGCAUUAUGUUCAGUCAUGGGUCCCGGCAUGACAUCUCAUUUACAAGAAAAUGACUUUAUUCGUGAAAUUUUCCAACUGGGUUCAAAAGUCACUGGCCUUAAUCCAAUUCCCAAAAGUGUUAAAACAUCAAAAUUGGAAAGACAUCUUAUGAACGCCGCUGCAUUCAAAGCACGUACAAUUACCAGGGGAAAGAACCGAGACAAACGUUCAGCUGUUUUUACUUAAAUUUUCAUUUUUGAUUUGAAUUUUUUUUGUUCUAAUUUUUUAUUUUAUAUUUUUUUCUGUAGAUAAAAUGUUGUAUAUUCUCCUUUUUAUUUUUUAACUUUUGAAUAGCAUACUUGGAUAUAAAAUUAUUAUGAUAUUCAAUUACUAGCUGAUAAAUGUGUAUACAGAAACAAAAAGAAAACAAAAAACGAUUUCUAUAGAUAUCGAGUCAUUGAAUUAUUAUAAGUAGAUAUGAAUAUAAUAUACACAUACAUUAUACACAUUUGAAUUAUUCAAAAUUAUAAUUAAAAACAUUGACUUUGAAGAUUUUAUUUUAACUCGAAAAAAUAUACAAACGAGGUACUUUUUGGUUUUGUUUUAAGUUUUCAAAAAAAAAUCAUAGAAAUUAUCUAACUACUCUGAACUCAAAUUGUCUAGAUUAAAAUAUGAACUAAUUCAUUUAGAUAAAAAACUUGAGUGCUUAAAUUAAAUAAAAAAAAAAACAAGAUCAAAUUUACUUAGUAAAAAGCCUAGAUAUUUAGUCCCAAAAAUCAGAAAUUAAAUAAAAAUUUAUAUAAAUUAAGAGAAAACAAAUAAAAUUCAUAUUUUGCUCCUUAAAACAUCAAAUAUUUUAAUUAUUUUUUUAUUUACAAAGCUCACCACAGCCAAUUUUAGAUUUUAUUUAAUAUAAAUAUACAUCAAACAUAUAUAUAUGUGUGUUAAAAUAUAUACAAAUAUAUAUACAUAAAUACACAUCAUUCGGCGAGUUACAAAAAAAAAAAAUCAAUAAAUAAAACAUUUUUACUCCUUUAAAAAUUUUGUUGAAAAAAAAUCCUAGCUAUAUACAAAAUGUAUAAUGUAUAUAGCAAAAAAUAUUAAAUUAUUAAAAUUAAACAAAAAAACAAAUGGAAGUAAAACUUAAAGAAAUAAACUCUUAAGCAUUUAAUGCAAGAAUUUUAUUAUUUUUGUAAAAAAACAAAAUUUGUUGAAGACGCAAAUGAAAAAAAUGUAAAUAAACGUAUACCACAGAUGAAGUCAUUAAAUUAGAACAGAAAAACAAAAUCAAAAUUAUUUUUUGUCCUAAAACAGAGUUAAAUAAUAAUUUUAAUAAAUUAUUAAUAACUAAUAAAUUAGAAUGUAAGCAAUUUAAGAAACAUACAUUAAUAAAUAUAAUUAGCUUUAAAGAAGGGCUCUAAAAAAUUGUG